UACUAUUAAAAAUAUUGAUGAAGGAUACUUGUUAUAUUUAUAUUUUCAUUUUAACGAGUAACCAAUAAAUCAAAAAUAGUCGUUAGAAAAUUGGUCAAUUGAUAACUAUUACGUGCAAUGUGUUCGUGUAUCUUUCUCGUAACAACCCAACGCGGCAAAUUUUAGCGUCGGAGGUAAAACAACGAAAGUUUUCAAUGUGUCCUGACGUAAAUGUGUUAUGCUAGUGCUGUGUAGGCCCUUAACGAUGAGCUUCUCUAGCGAUGAAGUCAACUUUUUAGUCUACCGCUAUCUUCAAGAAUCCGGUUUUGUGCAUUCAGCAUACACUUUUGGUAUAGAAUCGCACAUAUCACAGAGUAACAUAAAUGGAGCUUUAGUACCACCAGCUGCACUUCUAUCUAUUCUACAAAAGGGAUUACAAUAUACGGAAGCAGAAAUUUCUAUUGGUGAAGAUGGAACAGAACAAAGAAUGGUUGAGUCUCUGUCUCUCAUCGACGCGGUUAUGCCGGAUGUUGUUGCAUCUAGACAAAAUCAAAUCAAUCAACAGAAACAACAGAUAAAAACGGAAGUUCAAGAUACAAAUAGAGAAGAAGUGGUGACAUCAAAUAAUGGCGUAGGAACAAGUGAUCGAGGUGGUGAUAGAAAUGAAAUGGAAGUGGACGAACAGCAGCAAGGUACUGGAACGGGUGCUAAUGCUAGUGCUGUUGAAAUACCAGCUAGUAAGGCAACCAAAUUAAGAGGACACGAGUCUGAAGUUUUUAUAUGCGCUUGGAAUCCUACUACCGAUCUUUUGGCCUCUGGUUCUGGAGACAGCACCGCCCGUAUUUGGGAUAUGUCAGACAAUUCUCAGGCUCCAAAUCAAUUGAUUCUUCGCCAUUGCAUCCAAAAAGGUGGUGCGGAAGUACCUAGUAACAAAGAUGUUACUUCGUUAGAUUGGAAGUGCGAUGGUACGUUACUGGCAACUGGAAGUUACGAUGGAUAUGCACGCAUUUGGACAACAGAAGGCAGAUUGGCUACUACUUUGGGUCAACAUAAAGGUCCAAUUUUCGCAUUGAAGUGGAACAAAUGUGGCAAUUAUAUUUUAAGUGCAGGUGUUGAUAAAACAACUAUUAUUUGGGACGCCGAAAGUGGCGAGUGUACUCAGCAAUUCAGUUUUCAUUGUGCACCUGCAUUAGACGUCGAUUGGCAAACAAACACUUCAUUUGCUAGUUGCUCUACAGAUCAAUGUAUUCAUGUAUGCAAACUGAAUGUAGAUAAACCCAUAAAGAGUUUCCAAGGUCAUACGAACGAAGUUAAUGCAAUAAAAUGGGAUCCUCAAGGUAAUCUACUAGCUAGUUGUUCGGAUGACAUGAGUUUGAAGAUAUGGUCUAUGAAGCAGGAUACGUGGGUACACGAUCUUCAAGCUCACAGUAAAGAAAUUUAUACAAUCAAAUGGUCUCCGACUGGUCCAGGGACACACAAUCCAAAUAUGAACUUGACACUUGCCAGUGCAUCAUUCGAUUCAACUGUAAGAUUGUGGGAUGUAGAAAGAGGAGCUUGUAUACAUACGCUCACAAGACAUACAGAACCAGUGUACAGUGUAGCGUUUAGUCCGGAUGGCAAGUUUCUUGCUAGCGGAAGUUUUGACAAAUGUGUUCAUAUUUGGUCUACUCAGAGUGGGUUAUUAGUUCACAGUUACAAAGGUACGGGUGGUAUUUUCGAAGUAUGUUGGAAUAGUAGAGGUGACAAGGUUGGUGCUUCGGCAUCAGAUGGCAGUGUAUUUGUUCUCGAUCUUCGUAAACUGUGAUCAUGAACAUAGUUUAUUAUAUUUUCCUCCAAUUCGUCAAUUCGUUACACUUUUGUAUUACCUUCUCUCUGUAUUUCGCUUAUUCAUAUCUAUGUCUUUUUUUAACGUUUACAUAAAAUUAUUAUUAUGUAUGAAACUAAAUUAUAUCAAAAUUUUAUUGAAAAGCAAUUAUUAUGAAAGAAUACCAUUUGUUAAUAUGGUGUUGUGUGUCUAUAAAGAAGGGAAAAAAAAUCAUUAAUGAGAACAUCAAUCGAAUUCUAAUUUCAAAUAAUUGUCUUUCAAAAAAAUUUUCUUUUAAAAUAUUCGUAACGAACAAAUGUGAUGUACAUUACUCAUAUUUUCAAUGAUAUCGUGUACAGAAUAAAGCGAUUUAACUGUUUAUAUUUAGAGAGAAAGGCAAAAGUCUACUGUUCACUAUACGAUUGAAGUAAGUGAACUAUGUGUAAUAACUGUGUAAUAACAAUAACUAAAUACUGUAAUAACAUCGAUAAUAAUUAAAAAGAAAGAAAAAAGAAAGAAAAAAGAAACAGAAAGAAAAAACAAAAAGAACAAAAAAGAAAAAAAAAUAAACUUUUGUAAGGAACGGUAUAUUGGCAUUGUGUUGUCUUUCCGAAAGGAUCCAAGGAGAGGAUUAAUAUAAUCUCAGGACAUGUGGUUGUACAUUAAAUAAAAUUUAUUAUCACGUUUAAAAUCA